UAGACUCGACCCACAAAAAAGAAGCAGCUGUUAGCAACAAAGUUUGGGUUGAAGGUUUUCGCCGGCGAGUAAAUAAUAAUUUUAAACGGCUUUAUAAACUUUGUGUGCCUUGAAAGUGAUCUAUGGAUCAUACCAGACAGUUUUAUGAAUAACUGACGAGGAUCAAGAUUAAUGGACAUGUUUAUCAGUUAACAGACAGCCAGUAUCUGAGGGCCUGUAGCAAUGGGGACACCAUUCACAAUCGAUGACGCGUUCGUCCUGGAGGGCGAGGAGGAAGGAGUGGUGCCUGGAGAAGAUGAGGGGGAAUGGAAGGGGAGAGAGAAGGAUGGGGGAGAGAUGAUGUUUGGACCGCUUUCAUUUGCCAAAACACAAACUUCUGGACCCACCGGCACUCCUGAACACAGUAAUCUGAAAUAUCAGAACCUGGAAAAUGAAGAUGCUUUAGGUGGCACUGUGAACUCUUCUUUCAAUAACUUCUUCAAAAUCAGUGAUCCUGCUACUCUGUCCUACUGCAGCUCUCAGUGGUCAUUCAGCACACUCAGCUCCGUCACACAGCUGUCUGCCCACUGCUGCGGGUGGACGUCUCACCCGCUGGUGAAGAAGAACAGACGAGUUGUUCUUGCCUCAUUCCUCCUCUUAAUCACUGGAGUUGCUUUGAUCUUUACAGGCAUUGUCAUACAGUUAAACCCUCACGCAGGUGUUUCAAGUGCAAUUUUCUUUGUUCCUGGAUUUCUUCUCUUCAUACCUGGUGUCUAUCAUGUGAUCUAUAUAAGCUGUGCAGUUCGGGGACGAAGAGGAUUCAAGUUCUUUUAUUUGCCGUACUUUGAGAAGUAAACCGCUAUUCUUCUUCACAUCAUCCAGAUUGGUGGUAUUGAUUGCCCACCAUUUCAAACCACCUAAAAUGAAGGGGAUGACAUACUUGGUUUUCUAAACAAUUUCUUAAUUUUGGUAAAAGCCAGUCUGUACACAGGUUUAAGUAUAACCUCUACAGAAAAAUCGAAAUGUGAUUUUAAGAGUAUCACGUGCAACAAUAUACAAUCUUACUUCAAAUGUUAGCACGGACUGUUAUAAAGACAGUUCACCCAAAAAUGAACAUUUGCUGAAAAUGUAUUCGCUCUCAGGCCACCCAAGAUGGAGCAGAUUUGGAGAAAUUAAGCAUUACAUCACUUGCACACCAGUCUAUCAAUUAAUGUCCUGGUAUGUGAAAAUCGAUGUGUUUGUUCUAAACAAAUCCAUUAUUAUGGCGUUUCUGGUCAAAAUAUGAGUCCGUAGUUCAUAAUCUCCUGUUGUGCUUGAUCUGUGCACAUUUCUCUCCUGAUUCAGUUUUUAACUUAACAGUUGUUUCUGGCUAAAAGACAAGUCAUCUAUCUAUAAUAUUGCUUUCACCAGUGAAGUAGUCUCAUCUGAAUCGGGUGAGAAAUAUGUACAGAUCAUGCACUGAAAGUAAAAAGGGUCAAAACCAGUUCUAAACCAAUAUGUAGAUUUUGAAGUGAGAGGACAACAAGGGAUGGGCUUUUUCAGUGUUAGUGGGGAUUAUAGACUUUUUUUUUUUAUUUGGCCAAAACGACGGUUUGUUGUGAAAAUGCCUUGUUCAUGGAUUUGUUUAUUACAGAUAAACAAACAUGCAACUUUUUAUCUCUCAAGAUGUUAAUUAAUGGACUGUAGUCAUGCGGGUUAUGUUUUUAUCAGCUGUUUGGAGUGGUUCCGACAGCACCCAUUCAAGUCAGAAAUUUCUCUACAUUUGUUCAGAAACUUGUCUACAUCCUGGGUGGCUUGUGGAGUGAACGAUUUGUUAAUUUAUUUAUUUUUAUUUUUGGGUGGACUGUUGCUUUUAAACAUCUGUGUAUAAUGUAGAAUUGAAGUCACAUCUGAUUGAGACUUUUUAUAUUAGCUGUGCAACAGUGUUUUUUUUUAAGUUAUCAAUUCAGUUAAACAUAAUUGAGCAUCAAAAAUAGGCUCAUUAUAGAUGUACAAACUUUAUGAAUAUAGCGCCAUUAAUGACAUGAAAUUGUAUACCACUAGCUUUGUAUAAUAUAAUGGCGCAGCGGAUAAGACGCAUGCCAUUGGUCGGAGAGACCUGGAUUCGAUUCCACUGUGAGACACCAAUGUGUUCCUGAGCAAGACAAUUAACCCCUAGUUGCUCCAGAGGCGUGCGACCUCUGACAUAUAUAGCAAUUGUAAGUCGCUUUGGAUAAAAGCAUCAGCUAAAUGAAUAAAUGUAAACAAAUGAAAUUAUAGACAAAACAAAUGACGUGAAGAAUGAACAUCACAAACGGUGAAAACCAAGAAUACAAUUUAUUUAGGCCACUGCAUACAGAGUUGUAAAACACUGACCUCACAUCCCUCUAUUGUAAAAUCAAGGUUAGAUGCAGCAAAAUAAGUGAUUUGCUUUUCUACUCCACAUUCAUCUUUUUGACUAUUACCACUACUAACACUUUUAACCACUGUUUAUGUACAUUAUACAACAAAUGAUUGUUGAAAAGAUUUUGUAUUGUGUAACUUUUUAAUCAUUGACACUACAGUAAACCAGUUUUUUAUAUUUGC